AACCAACAGAGACCCAGCUGUGGGGGUCUCAGAUCAGGUCCCGUACCGGUGCCCACCCCAACCGCCACAAUUCAGGCGCCCGACCCCACAGACCCCAUCUCUUAUUUUCAGUAUCUUUUCGUCUCCAUUUCCGCAAAGUGCGCCGCUACCCUCCCCAUCGCCAAAAUUUCGUUCUCAAACUUCAAAGAUUCCUUCGGGUCCGGGAUGAAUUUCCUGCGACGCCGGUUCUCGUCCGGGGACCUCCAGGGCGAGGCCAACGAGAAGGAGGAGCCCCCGCAUGUGGGGCCCCUCAACUUCAAGAAGGGCCCCAGCCCCAGCGCGCCCAACUCCCCGUCCAAGAGUUCGAGCGCGGCCAACAUCGGACAAAGGUUCUUCUCCUCCACGGCCAAGCCGGCCAUCAACAAGGACAGGUGUAAGACGCUGUUGGUCAUCGAUGAUGAGCACACGGACUGGUCCAAGUAUUUCAGGGGGAAGAAACUCUUCGGUGACUGGGAUGUACGAGUAGAACAGGCCGAGUUCUCGGAACUGAAUCUGGCAGCGUACUCAGACAGUGGCACCAUGGUAGAUAUCCAGGUCACAAGGAAUGGCAGCAAAGUCGUUAGGUCCUUCAAGCCAGACUUUGUCCUGAUACGCCAACACGUCAGGGACGCCCAGCAAGACUGGAGGAAUUUGUUGUUGGGGUUCAAAUACGGCGCCAUCCCCAGCAUCAACUCGCUGACAGCUGAGUACAACUUCUUGGACAAACCAUGGGUGUUCGCUCAGCUGAUCGAGAUCCAGAAGCGGCUCGGUAAAGAGGUCUUCCCUCUCAUAGAUCAGGCAUACUACCCCAACCACAAGGAAAUGGUGAGUAACAUGUGG